AUGUUCCCUGUUUUACCUUUAAUAACAGAUUUAAAAACUGUUGAAGAGUUUUCAAUAGUUGGUCAAGUAUUAAUACCUUCCAAUAUAACCAAACCAUUAAAACAUUUUGCACAACAAUUUGAUGUAGAUGUUUUCAUUGAUGCUAAAGAUUUAUCAAUUGAUGAGAUUAUUGAAUGGCUAAAUUGUGGUAUUAAACAAAUAUUCGUUUCCUUGGAUAAAUUUAAAGAAUGUAUAGAUCAUGGUUUACCAGAUUAUAGAUUUGGUGUUUAUGGAGCUGAUAAAUUCGUACUUGGUUAUAAAUGUUCAAUUAUUGUUGAUUCAAAAGUUGAUAAAGAAUAUUUGGAUAGAAAAGUUUAUAUCAGAGACAACACAGACUUGAUUAAAGAAGAUUACAUACCUAUUACUUCAUCAGAGAAAUUAACAACCAAGAAAAAUGGUGAUAAAAUAUCUAUAUCAAAAUUAUUUAUUGAAACUUUAACUACCGAUAGAAAUGAUGGUUUAUAUACUACUUUAGUCACUACCCCAAGUAAUGUUUCAUUAGGAGUUGUAUAUUCAUCAAAAGAAUCUAUUGCUGCUGCAAUUGAAGAAAAAGUUGGUGUUUACCAAUCAAGAAAAAGAAAAGAUGAACUAUGGUAUAAAGGUAAAACAAGUGGUGCAACUCAAAAAGUUUUAAGAAUUUUUAAAGAUUGUGAUUCGGAUUGUAUUCAAUUUAUAGUUGAACCUAAAGAAGGUUAUGGAUUUUGUCAUCGUUCUGAAAAUUAUUCAUGUUUUUCAGGUGAAACCAAAGGAUUAGCUAAAUUAGAUGAAACCUUAAAACAAAGAUUAAAUGAUGCACCAGAAGGAUCAUAUACCAAAAGAUUAUUUAAUGAUGAUAAAUUAUUAAUUGCAAAAUUAAAAGAAGAAUUGGAUGAAUUAAUUGAAGCUAAAGGUAAAGAUGAAGUUUCAUGGGAAUGUGCUGAUUUAUUUUAUUUUGCAUUAUGUUAUUGUAUUAAAAACGGUGUUUCAUUAUCCGAUGUUGAAAAGAAUUUAGAUGUCAAAUCUUUAAAAGUCUCAAGAAGAAAAGGUGAUGCUAAAGCAAAAUAUGUUGAAAAAGAAGGUAGUGAAAAAGAAGUUGCUGAUUUUAAAAUGAAGGUUAUUAAAUCUGGUGAUGAUUUUUCAGAAGCUAUGAAUAGACCAGUUCAAAAAACUUCAGACAUAAUGAAACUAGUCUUACCAAUUAUUGAACAAGUUAAAAAUCAAGGUGAUGAUGCAUUACUCGAAUUAACUGCAAAAUUUGAUGGUGUAGAAUUAGAAACACCAGUAUUAAAUGCUCCAUUUCCACCUGAAUUAAUGGAUAUAUCAGAUGAAAUGAAGGAAGCUAUUAAUUUAUCAAUGUCAAAUAUUGAAAAGUUUCAUGCUGCUCAAUUACCAAAAGAAAAAGUCAUGUCUGUUGAAACAUGUCCUGGUGUUAAAUGUUCAAGAUUUGCUAAACCUAUUGAAAAUGUCGGUUUAUAUGUACCUGGAGGUACAGCUGUUUUACCAUCUACUGCAAUGAUGUUGGGAGUACCUGCAAAAGUUGCUGGAUGUAAAAAUAUUAUAGUUGCAUCUCCACCAUCAAGACAAACUGGAAAAUUAACACCAGAAGUUGUUUAUGUUGCACAUAAAUUAAAUGCAAAAUCUAUUGUAAUGGCUGGUGGUGCUCAAGCAGUAACUGCAAUGGCUUAUGGUACAAAAUCUAUUAUUAAAUGUGAUAAGAUUUUAGGUCCAGGUAAUCAAUUUGUUACUGCUGCUAAAAUGUAUGUUCAAAAUGAUACACAAGCAUUAUGUUCAAUAGAUAUGCCAGCUGGUCCAUCUGAAGUUUUAGUUAUUGCUGAUGAAAAAGCUGAUGCUGAUUUUGUAGCUAGUGAUUUAUUAUCUCAAGCCGAACAUGGUGUUGAUUCACAAGUUAUACUCAUUGGUGUUGAAUUAAGCGAAUCAAAGUUGUCUGAAUUUGAACAAGCUGUUAAAUCACAAGCUGAAAAAUUACCAAGAAAAGAAAUUGUUGCUAAAUGUUUGACACAUUCAUAUAUUUUAUUAGUCGAUUCAUAUGAGGAAGCAUUUAAAUUAUCAAAUAAAUAUGCUCCAGAACAUUUAAUUUUACAAAUUGAACAAGCAAAUAAAUACGUACCUGAUUAUAUAGAAAAUGCUGGAUCUGUUUUUGUUGGUGCAUUAUCUCCAGAAUCAUGUGGUGAUUAUUCAUCAGGUACUAAUCACACAUUACCAACUUACGGUUAUGCAAGACAAUAUUCAGGAGUUAAUACUGCAACUUUCCAAAAAUUUAUAACUGCACAAGAUGUAACAGAAGAAGGAUUGAAAAGUAUUGGGAAAGCAGUAAUGACAUUAGCUAAUGUUGAAGGUUUAGAAGCACAUAGAAGAGCAGUUGAAAUUAGAAUGGAAAAAUUAAACUUAUUGUAA